AUGGCCGCCGUCUUUGAAGCUAAUCCAGACGUGAAGUCAUCAACCUUGAUGGAGAAAUUGCAAUGUUUCGUAUUCAUUCCUCUAUUGCCUCUGACUCUGAUUCGUGUACUUGUCCGAAGACUGUUCACACCAAAGAAGAAUCUCAGCGUGAAAGCCGAUCUCAUAUGUACCCUACUUCGCGUAGCACAACCUUGGACACCACUCUCGAUCUUACGCUUGACAGGCCACGCCGUCGGCCCAUUAUUUAGCAGAUCCUGUCGGUUCGGCUCAAACAAAUCCUCCCUUUAUAAGAGAGUGGACGGCAAGAACUUCUCAGGCCACUGGAUCUGCAGGGGCUCACCCAUGAGCACGCCACUCUCGCCCCAAGAAUGCGACAUCGUGAUCUUAUAUCUCCACGGUGGUGCAUACAAGAUUGGCCAUCCGGCACAAGCUCUAGCAGUCUUCUUGCGUGUUGCGGAAAUUGCCAAAGCACAGGGAAUCAAUGUUGCAGUUUUUGGACUCGAUUACUCACUAGCUCCGGAAGCGAAGUUUCCAACUCAGCUACAUCAGACAAGAUCUGCAUACGACUACCUGAUUGAGGAUCAAGAUAUCUCGCCUGGAAAAAUUGCAGUACUGGGAGAUUCAGCAGGUGCACAUUUGGCUCUAUGUCUCCUACACGAUCUAGACGAAACCGGGACAGAGAAACCAGAAGCUGGAGCGUUCUUCGUAGCGCCAUGGCUAGAUCUCCGCUGUUCAAGAGAAGGAAGUUUUGUAAGAAAUCAAGAGGUUGAUUAUCUGAUUCAUUCGGAUCUCAUCGACGAUGGAUAUCAAUUCAUGCCUGCUUCCUACGACAAGACGAACAAGCAUCUGGUCAACUUCACGCAACCAAGGCCUGAGAAGCAAUGGAAGACCAUCUUGCCGAAGAAAGUGUGGGUGGGUAUUGGAGCGAAUGAUGUGUUAUUGGACGAUGCUGUUGCCUUUGUGGAUGGAGUGAGAGAGGCGGGUGUGGACGUAAGAUUGGACGUUCAGGAGGGAAAGUGUCAUGACUGGUACAUGGUAGAAGACUUCCUCGAUGUGUACACCUAUUUCUCAAGCAAAGGAGAGCUAUCGAAGAGAUUGAUGAAGGGAGCGGAUGCUUUGGCUAAGGCCAUCGUUUCGACAGUGAAGUCUUGA